GGGGGCAGCGUCGCUCUGCUGCAGUUUGUUUCUCUGCACCGAAGAAGCAGCUUCUUUACUAUCAAACGCAACGUUUAAAGCGAUUCGCGGAGCAGCAAACAGCCCCGGACCCGAACUCCGUUCUGCAGCCAUAGUUUGGGCUGAGGUACCCGGGCAGAUGGUUCGGCGGCAGGGCCUCGGAGCUCGCCUGUUCGGUGGCCGGGAUCAGCGCCUGUUUUCCGGCGGGAUCUGAGCCGCUGUCCGCCAUGAGCAGGAACGUGGGCUCGCUGCUGCUCAGCCCGCAGGAGAACAACUGUCUGUUCGGAUACCUGGGCAGGAAAUGCACGACUCUGUGUUCGGCAGUGGUCCAGGUCUACGGCGCCGAGCGAACCCUCAGCUGGGUGAAGAGAUGCUGCGGUGUGGCCUGUCUGGUCAAAGACAACCCACAGAGGUCCUACUUCAUCAGAGUCUUUGACAUCAAGGAAGGAAAAACCAUCUUCCAGCAGGAACUUUACCACAACUUCUCCAUCAGCAGCUCCAGGUCCUACUUCAUUUCAUUCACCGGAGAUACUUGUCAGAUCGGUCUGAACUUUGCCAGCGAUGAAGAGGCCAAAAGGUUCAGAGUCGCCAUCAACGACCUCCUCAGCCGACGGCAACAUAAGACAGGUGACGACAUCCUUGCUGUUCUUCCUACAGGUCCGGCUCUGCCCAUGGCCACAGUGGACAUCAAGAACCCAGAGAUCAGUAACGUGCAAAUCCACCAGCAGCCUCAUCACCGCAACAACGUGCUGAGUCACAGCAGCCUCACCGCCAGGGACAAGAAGACCAAAGCCAGGAAGAAGAAACUGACCAAAGCCGACAUCGGCACCCCCAGCAACUUCCAGCACAUCGGGCACGUGGGCUGGGACCCAAACACGGGCUUUGACCUGAACAACCUGGACCCGGCACUCAAGAACCUCUUUGACAUGUGCGGCAUCUCGGAGGCCCAGCUGAAGGACCGAGAGACGUCCAAAGUCAUCUACGACUUCAUUGAGAAGAAGGGCGGCGUGGAGGCGGUGAAGAACGAGCUGAGGAGGCAGGCACCUCCUCCACCUCCUUCUCGUUGUGGUCCUCCUCCUCCACCUCUACACAAUUCAGCUCCUCCUCCUCCAGCCAGAGGAGGCCGUGGGGCCCCUCCUCCCCCUCCUCCAUCUCGAGUCCCUGUCUCAGCCGCUCCUCCUCCUCCCUGUAGACCAUGUGCUCCCCGUGCUCCACCUCCUACCAGAGGAGCCCAUCAGCCACUGGCUCCGCCUCCUCCCCCAACGUCACCCGUCGCUCUGCCUCCACCUCCCCCUCCACCUCUGGUCCAACAGCCUCCAGGGAGUCGAGGGAGUGCCGCCCCUGCUCCAGCAUCAGCUCCUCCUCCUCCGCCCCCUCUGGAACUGGACGGCAGAGGCCGGGAUUUGUCCGCCUUGGGGCGGGAUGGGAAGUCGGCGCUGCUGGAGCAGAUCCGAGGAGGAACCCAACUGAAGAAGGUGGAGCAGAACCACAAAGUGCCAGCGUCCAGUACGGGCCGGGAUGCCCUGCUCGACCAGAUCCGACAGGGGAUCCAGCUCAAGACUGUGUCUGACCAACUGGAGUCCGGAACACCGGUGCCCGCCACAGGCAUCGUGGGUGCCCUCAUAGAAGAAAUGCAGAAGAGGAGUAAAGCGAUCCAUUCCUCAGGCGAAGACGAGGACGAUGAGGAUGAGGAGGACUUUGAGGAGGACGAUGAGUGGGACGACUUUUGUUCUUCCAACCUCUAAACGUGAAAAUGUUUGGAUUCGUUGUGUAUUUAUUUUGGGGUUUUUUAUGGUUCUGAUAAUGAAGCUGUGCAAUAUUGCGUGUUAUCGCUAAACACGACAUCUGAACAUUAAAAGCACUUAACUCCA